AUUAAUAUUCAUCCAAGUAGGUAGGGGAUGCAGGAUGAGUAAAGGCCUGGAAUCUCAAGACCCUCUAUGUAGAGUCUAAAUGUCAGAAAUGAUGGGCAGGAGUGAAGGCUAGACCCGGUUUACUGGAAUUGCUCUGGCAAUGGAGGGGUCCUCGUACCCCACACAAUCAUGUCUAUUAUGUCCUAUAACGGAGGAGCCAUCAUGGCCAUGAAGGGGAAGAACUGUGUGGCCAUCGCUGCAGACAGGCACUUCAGGAUCCAGGCCCAGAUGGUGACCACGGACUUCCAGGAGAUCUUUCCCAUGGGUGGUUGGUUGUACAUCGGUCUGGCCGGGCUUGCCACUGACAUCCAGACAGUUGCCCAGUGCCUCAAGUUCCGGCUGAACCUAUAUGAGUUGAAGGAAGGUCAGCAGAUCAAACCUUAUACCUUCACGAGCAUGGUGGCCAACCUCUUGUAUGAGAAACAUUUUGGCCCCUACUACACUGAGCCAGUCAUUGCUGGUUUGGACCUGAAGACCUUUAAGCCCUUCCGUUGCUCUCUAGACCUCAUCGGCUGCCCCAUGGUGACUGAUGACUUUGUGGUCAAUGGCAGCUAUGCCGAACAAAUGUACGGAAUGUGUGAGUCCCUCUGGGAACCCAACAUGGAUCCAGAACACCUGUUUGAAACCAUCUCCCAAGCCAUGCUCAAUGCUAUGGACUGGGGUGCAGGGUCAGGCAUGGGAGUCAUCAUCCACAUCACUGAGAAGAACAAAAUCACCACCAGGACACUGAAGGCCCAAAUGGACUAA